CUCAGGUGAGUUUUUACGUGUCCAGAUCUGUCACUCUGUCUCUGUCUGUGAUGCAGCAGCAGAAUCCAUUAAAGACUUGAGUCCACAAAGACCUCAAGUCUUCAGAGAGACAGAUCCUCUGAAACCUGGUUCCACCAGAGACCAGACUUUGAGGAAACAUGAUCUUCAUCUUCAUCAUUCUUCUCCCAGUGACACAGCUACAAAUCAUCCCAGAGCUUCACAAGCUUCAGGAUCCUCAGGAGCUUCAAGAUCCGCAGGAUCCUCAGGGGCUUCAGGACCUUCAGAAUCCUCAGUGGCUUCAGGAGCUUCAGGAUCAUCAGUGGUUUCAGGAGCUUCCAGGUCCUCAGCAGCUUCAUGAUCCUCAGCAGCUUCAGGAGUUUCAGGAGCUUCAGAAUCCUCAGGACAUUCAGGAGCUUCAGUGGGUUCAGGAUCCUCAGGAGCUUCAGGAUCAGUGUAGCGGUGGUUUCUGUCGCCCUCAGCUGGGUGACCUGAUGAUCGGUCGAGCUUCUCAUCUAUCGUCCUCAUCAACCUGUGGUUUGGAGCAACCUCAUCACUACUGCAUCAUCGGAUACCUGGAGGUUCAUGGUCAGUGUGUUUGUCAGCACAACACAGCUGGAAGAGAGAACUGUGACAGAUGUAAGGAAUUUCACCAUGACUCCCCCUGGAGGCCAGGAGAAGGACACACAGCUGAUGUGUGCAGGAGAUGUAACUGUCAUGGUCACUCACACUCGUGUCAUUUCGAUGCUGCUCGUUUUGAGGCAACAGGUGGAGCGAGUGGUGGCGUGUGUGAUAAUUGUCUCAAUGAGAGGACGGGGCCUCAGUGUGAACGAUGUAGUCCUUUUCUUUAUCGGGAUCCUCAGAAAGCAGUGGAGGACCCGUACGCCUGCAUAUCCUGUGACUGUGACACAGACGGUUCCCUUGGCGGUUGUCAAGCAUGCAGGUGUCAUCCUUUGGGAAGCAUUGGGUCCUGUGAUCAGCUGACAGGAAGUUGUGAAUGUGAACAUUUGGCGAGUGGGCCACUGUGCGAUCAAUGUGUGACAGGUUACUGGGGUUUAGGAAACUCUGUGUUCAGGUGUUCACCCUGUGACUGUGAUGUGGGUGGAGCUCUCAGCAGCAUAUGUCCUCCAGAUGACGGACAGUGUCACUGUUUACCAAACAUGAUUGGUCGACGCUGCUCUGACCCCGCCCCCGGGUACUUCCUGCCUUCACUUGACUACUUCCUGUAUGAGGCAGAGCUUGCUGCUCCUCUGCUUGAAGGAAGUUCUCCAACAAAAACUCCAUCCUCAUUUCUGGUGAAUCCUCAAUGUGAGGAGUACUUCAGAAAUCAGGGAUUCCACUUUAAAAUUUCAAAUGGACGAAUUGUUCUGGUUCAAAGGUCGCAUGGAUUUGUUCGCAGGAGGAGACAGGUAAGAGGUAAGACAGACAGGUUCAAACCCUGGACCGGUCAACAAACCCAGAGAAAGCACCUUUUUGAACAUUCCUGUCCCCUCCUUUAUCUUCAUGUCUUUUGUUUCCUUGUCUCCAGGACAAGUCUUCUGGACUCCUCAGUGUGUCUCAGUGCAGGUGCUGUCUACUUUGUGGACGUAGUCUUUCAAAAACAAAGUGGAUCAGAUGGAUCGUUCAUCCUGAUUGACUCGAUGGGUCUGAUUCCUAGAAUUGAGUCCGUCCAGAACUUCUGCUCUCAGACUCACUUGGAAUCAUUUCGCCUCUUCCGGUGUGUUGGAUUGGCUGCUGACUCUGAACUCUGUGAAGGACUUAUCAAGAGCAUGUCGGCUCACAUCCACCGCGGAGCAGUUGUUUGCAGGUGUGACCUCAUUGGCUCUGUUGGACCGUCCUGCAGUAAACUGGGCGGCUUCUGUAAAUGUAAGCCGAAUGUGAUUGGCCGUUGCUGUGAUACCUGCGCACCAUUGACUUUUGGCUUUGGACCCGAUGGCUGCAAACCAUGUCAGUGUGACACUCGCGGUUCAGUCGCACCGCUGUGUGAUCAGGUCAGAGGUCAGUGUGCGUGUCGUUCAGAGGUGACGGGCCAACACUGUGAUCGCUGUCAGGCCGGAUUCUGGGGUUUCCCUCUGUGUCGACUCUGUCACUGUAACGGAUUAUCAGAGGAGUGCGACGAUGGGACGGGACAAUGUCGCAACUGCAGAGAGAACACUGCUGGACCACAAUGUGACAGGUGUGUGGAUGGUUACUAUGGAAACCCUGCAUCCCGACAGACCUGUGAACCCUGUUUGUGUCCAGAUAUUCGGGGCAGUGGACGAUUCUUUGCCACUUCCUGCCAACGUGACCCACAAUCCAUCAGUUUGAUGUGUAACUGCAGGGAAGGGCACACAGGGUCACGAUGUGACAGAUGCGCCCCUGGUUACUAUGGCGACCUGACUUUGCCCAAAAUCAGCUGUGAAGAGUGUCAUUGUAACAACAACAUCAACCCAGAAGACCGUGACGCCUGUGACACCCUGGCGGGUGAAUGUCUGCGCUGCCUCCACAACACGAUGGGAACAAGCUGCCAAAGCUGCAAACCUGGUUACUACGGCAAUGCUCUGGUGCAAAACUGCAAAGAAUGUUCCUGUGACCGUCGUGGAACCAAAGUGAUUCAUUGUCCUCUGGGAAGCUCCUGUUUCUGUGAUGAGAGGAGGUAAUGGCCUCAUUCAGUUUCCUAGUACACUUGUUGGAACACGUGUCUUCAAAGGACAAUGACUAAUAAUCACUGUGAUCUCCAGGUGACAGGACAGUGUCCUUGUCUUCCUGCGUUUGGAGGGAGACAAUGUGAUGAAUGUGGAGCAAAUCACUUUGGGAAUCCCGACCUGCAGUGUGCGUGUGAGUGUAACCUGGAGGGAACCGAGCGUCCGUCAUGUGACCCUGAAACAGGUGAAUGUCUCUGUCGAGCUGGUGCCACUGGUAUCUUGUGUGAUGAAUGCGCCUCUGGCUACACGUCGGCGUUCCCAGUUUGCGAGGAGUGCCACCCCUGCACUGCCAUUUGGGCUGAUAGUGUCACAGAUGUCCAACGAGCUGCUCAGAGGAUGCUGACAUUAAUCCCUCGCUACGAUGGUGACCUACAGCCCAGAGUCAGUCGCCAACGGCAGUGGACGCUGCAGAUGCACUUAAUGCUGGACAGCCUCGCCAACCUGACAGGACUCUCCCAGCAGAAAGUGAAGAAGGCGGAAAAGAUUUGUGUGAAAAUUGGGAAGUUGAGAGAGGCCGUCGACCCGAACAUGAUCCUGAUUGACCCGUCUUCUCUUCUCAACACUGAAAUUGACAACAUUCGUUGGGAAUUCAACAAACUGCUAAAGAACCUGAAUGAGAGAUUGAUAGAGGACCCAGACAAUGAUGAUGAAGAUGUGGAAAAGCUACGAGAUGAGACCCAGGAGCUUCUGAAAAAUGUCCUGUUGGAUGAGAACAGAGUAAAUGUGGCCCGCAAAGCUUUAGAGGUUUCAGUGGAGACCAGACAAGGAGUGGAUCACAAACUGAGCCAGUGCAGAGAUCUGACUCCACUGGAGAAGAGCAUUAAAGAGCUUAGUGUGGUCAUGCUCAACCGACAGGUGAGAGUCAUAUGACCACCUCUCCAUGUUGUCCCACUUCAUCCGACUGUGCAAAGACAUGCAUCAUGGGGCUUUGUCUCUUUAUGUUGUGAUGACCCUGCCCUCCCUGAGACCCUCAUGGGCAGGAUCCACUUCAAGUGUAAGAGGAGAGAGUUUAGCUGUGCUUGUGAUCUGAUGCAGGUCUGUGGAGGAUCGGGUCUGGAUAACUGUUCAGAAUGUGGUGGAGCUCUGUGCAUCUUGACUCUGGGACAAAGAAAAUGUGGAGGUCCAAGCUGUGAUGGAGUCGUUCCUGUCAGUCAGACGGCUUUAGAAAUAACCAAGAGGGCAAAAAAACAACUCACCUCACUCACCCCGGGUCUGGAGGAGUCCAGGACCAAGACAUGUUUUCACUGGAUCCACAAAGCCAAGCAGGCAGCGCAGGCGACCAAAAACCAGGCCAAAGACUCACGUGAGAAGAUCCACGACAGACUGGAUUCCUUAGAGAGAGAGAACAAAACCAGGGAGUUGAUCCAGCGAGCCAAAGACUACCUGACAGAUGAGAGCGUUCCUCCAGAAGACAUCGAGAAAAUGUCCCAAGCUGUUCUGGACAUUCAGCUGCGACAGUCACCUGCACAGAUCCAGUCAAUGAUCAGUGAAAUCAACCGUCUUCUUUCCAACAUGUCAAUGUUGCAGAAGGACUUGAAGAACCUGGAUGAAUAUGAGCAGGCGUCUAAGAGUCUGCUGCAGAAGGCUCAGGAACAGAAGGAGAACACAAAGGAUAUUGAUGUGACAGACAUCAGGAGAGACAUUUAUGAUGCAGAGACAGCUCAGGACAAAGCAAACGAUGACCUGGACACAGCCAGCCGAGACAGACACUCGACCAAAGACCAAAUCCAACACAUUAAAGACAAACUCAACAAAGUUGACAUGAAGGUGAUUAAGAGUCGUCCUGAAGACCUGAAAAAUGAAAUCAGUUUUCUAAAGAAGAAAAAUGAAGAGAACAGAGAAACUGCAAGAAACGCUCGAGAUGCUGCAGAGACGGCUUUAAAUGCUACAGACACACAAAUGGAACUGGAAGAUGUGACGAAGAUGUUUCAGUUGUUGAAGCAGAAAAACUCGACUCGGGUGCUUCAUGGUGAAGCUGGAGAACGAGUGAAGAACAUCAUAAAAGAGGCAGAGGAUGUGAACCGUCAGGUGCAGGACAAAUUUGUCCAGUUACGAGCACCAUGCCCCCACUUCAAACCCUCAGACCAGGACAGAGAGAAGCUGGACCACUUCCACAUCACAUGACUACAGGAGCAGCUCCACCCCCAGCAUGGAAAGGAGACACACCCACCUGGACCGAAUCUUUUAUGACCUUUCUUUUAGUUACAUAGUUUAUUUUCUCUAAUGUUAAAUUAUUAUUGCUUAUUUUUUUAACUUGGACAGCCAAGUCACAUGGGCACCUUUCUUUACUGUACUUUUUUGUUUUUUUAUUAUCUUCUUUGUGCUUUUAAUGCCUUUAAGAAAUGGGGAGGCAGAAAGGACCGUCCCAUGAGGGAUUCGAACCAGGGUCGUCUGCAGUGAAGACUGUAACCUCAACAUGGGACGUCAGCUAACGCCCCCCUUACUUUACAUUUGACAAUAAACACUGAAUGAAUGAAUGAAUGACACACUGUGUGCGUGUGUGUGUGA